AGAAACUCACACCUCUCUCUUGAAAGCUACUACACCCUGUCGCUUUCUCUGCCACUCGUUUUCUUGGGUUUUGUUUUCUUUUCAAUCUUUUCUACAUUCUUAAUUAUUUUUUCUUCUUUUCUCUCUUAGCUUUAGCACAAGCCACAGGUCGAUAAGCCUAAAAAAGGAAGGGGGGAAGAGACUUUGAAAGAUCAACUCUUUACUCUUCAUGGUCAUCUAUGCCUAUAUCUUUCUUUCUCUUGGUUCUAAAGUCGAACACAUUAUACGCUUUUCUUACCCUUUUUUUUUCAACUUGUUUUUUGCUCUCUGUCCUGUUCAAGCCUUUGAAGACAAAAGCUAUACUCUUUAUCUUUCUCUUUCAAGACUAUUGAUCAAAUUGUUGUCAGGAAUCUAAUGGCUUCCCCUUCUUCUUCUUCUGCUGCUGCUGCUUCUGUUUCUGUUUCUGUUUCUUGUCCUUCUCUAUCCUCAGCAAUUUUUGUGUAAACUGUUUUGAUUUCCAAUUCUUGCCUUUGUUUAUACUUCAACCUGCGGCCGUUUCCUUCCCGCUUCUUUUUUAUUAUCUUUUUCCAGCUACUUGAAAGCCUGGAGGUUACCAAAAGACUGGACUUUUGCCUCUUCUGUGCUUGAUUUCUUGCUUCUCUCAGUGUAAUGGUUUGCUAGGUGGAUCACCUGGAGAAGAAUUUGGUUCGCAGGGAGAGAGAGAGAAAAAAAAAUUCUUACAAGACAAGGAUGUUCUAUGGGCUACAAUCUUAAGACAACUUGGAGAUUAGCUGAAUUGGAAAACCAAAACAUUCCUCACAUUGCUCAGAAAUUAGGGACAACCUGUAGCUCAGGGCUGCAUCAGGCUCCAGGGCAUUGCUCAGUGGACUUGAAAUUAGGGAAUUCAGGUGAUUUAGAGGACAAGUUGAUGGAGAAAUUUGCAGGUCCAGGGGAGUCUUUAAUGGAAUCAUCAUCAUCAGGAACAUCAAAAAGAGUUCGGACACCUGUCAAUGGAACCCAAGUUCCUUUGUGCUUGGUUGAUGGGUGCACUUCAGAUCUUAGCAAAUGCAGGGACUAUCAUCGACGGCAUAAAGUUUGUGAGAUCCACUCCAAGACCCCCAAGGUUUUCAUUAAAGGUCAAGAGCAGCGAUUUUGCCAGCAGUGCAGCAGGUUCCAUUCCUUGGGGGAGUUUGAUGAGGGAAAGCGAAGCUGCAGGAAACGCCUUGAUGGACAUAAUCGGCGUCGAAGGAAGCCUCCGCCUGAUUCUCUGUCUGUAAAUUCUGCAACGUUGUUUUCCAAUCACCAAGGUACUAGAUAUUUGCAGUUUGGUGGCUUCCAAAUGUUUUCUGCUGGUUCUGAAAGCUCUGCAUGGACUGAGGCAGCCAAACCCGAUAAUGGUCCAAUGCUUUACGCAAGUCAAUUCUCAGUGAGCCACAGCAGCGGAAGAAACCUGUUUCCUGGCUCCUUAUCUCAGGGCUACAGAAGUGCAAAGCAGUUCCCAUUCUUACAAUGCACUAGUUCUACACUGCCUGGAGAAUCUGUCUGUCAGAAUAUUAUUGACACUGAUUCCAUAUUAGACAGUAGCCAAAAAAUGUUCUCUGGUGGAUCUAAUCGAGUCGUUGACUCGAACCGUGCUCUCUCUCUUCUGUCAUCUCCAUCAGCUGAGACUCAGGAGAUUGGCUUGAGCCACAUGGUGCAGCCUGACUUGAAACCCCCAGCUCAGUCCCUGAUUCCAAGCCUGAACUUUAGCUUUUCUGGAAUGGAAAAUGGGUCUGUUGAUUCUGUUUUGGUAUCUGAUGGAAGUAGCAAUGCCAAUCUCCAUGGCCAGGCUAUGUUUCAAAUUGGACCGGAUGAGUCAUCUACAAGCGGAUCUCUUCAGACACUUUCCUUCUCUUGGGAGUGAUGGCACCAUUCUCUACUCUUGUGAUCAGAUACUUUAAAAUAGAAAAAUAAAAGGACUUAGAUGUCCUAAACCGUUGGAGUUUUGAGAUUUCUAUGAUGAUUCCGAAUGUGCAGAUCCUACUCAGACAACUGUAUUCUGUGCAUGUGUUUUCUCCUAUAUUUUCCCUGUUCUUUUUGCUGUUCUUCAAAUAUUGAACUUCAAAUGUUGUAAGACGAAUGCAUCUUCUGAAGAAAAUAAGUGAAUCAUUGCCAUCCA